AGAUGCCUACUUAAAAGAGUGGCGACAGCUGGACCACAUGCUUCACUGCUGAAUUAGUUCCUCAGGUACCCUGACUGUGGACAUUGCUAUGGGAGAUUGGAUGACUGUUACAGAUCCAGGUCUGUCCUCAGAAAAUAAAAAUAUCUCUCAGUAUACCUCAGAAACAAAGAUGUCCCCAUCAAGUUUAUACUCACAGCAAGUGCUAUGUUCUUCAAUACCUUUAUCAAAAAAUGUUCACAGUUUUUUCAGUGCCUUCUGCACAGAAGAGAAUAUCGAACAGAGUAUUUCAUAUCUUGAUCAGGAAUUGACUACUUUUGGUUUUCCUUCAUUGUACGAAGAGUCCAAGGGUAAAGAAGCAAAGAGAGAAUUAAAUAUAGUUGCUGUUUUAAAUUGCAUGAAUGAGCUGCUUGUGCUUCAGCGGAAGAACCUUCUGGUUCAGGAGAAUGUGGAGACACAGAACCUGAAACUGGGCAGUGACAUGGACCAUCUGCAGAACUGCUACUCCAAACUGAAGGACCAGCUGGAAGCCUCCAGGAGAGAAAUGAUUGGGCUUCAGGAAAGAGACAGACAGUUACAGUGCAAGAACAGGAAUUUGCAUCAGCUGCUAAAAAAUGAGAAAGAUGAGGUACAAAAAUUACAAAGUAUCAUUGCAAGUAGAGCUACUCAGUAUAAUCAUGAUAUGAAAAGAAAAGAACGAGAAUACAAUAAAUUAAAGGAACGUCUACAUCAGCUUGUGAUGAACAAAAAGGAUAAAAAAAUAGCCAUGGACGUUUUAAAUUAUGUGGGGAGAGCUGAUGGAAAAAGAGGCUCCUGGAGGACUGGCAAAACCGAAGCCAGGAAUGAAGAUGAAAUGUAUAAAAUUCUCUUGAAUGAUUAUGAAUAUCGUCAGAAACAAAUCCUAAUGGAAAAUGCUGAACUUAAGAAGGUUCUUCAACAAAUGAAAAAGGAAAUGAUUUCUCUCCUUUCUCCCCAAAAAAAGAAACCCAGAGAACGGGCAGAUGAUGGUACAGGAACUGCUGUCUCUGAUGUGGAAGACGAUGCUGGGGAACUGAGCAGAGAGAGCGUGUGGGACCUUUCCUGUGAGACCGUGAGAGAGCAGCUUACCAACAGCAUCAGGAAACAGUGGAGAAUUCUGAAAAGUCAUGUCGAAAAGCUCGAUAACCAAGUUUCUAAGGUACAUGUAGAAGGUUUUAAUGAUGAAGAUGUAAUAUCACGACAAGACCAUGAACAAGAAACUGAAAAACUAGAAUUAGAAAUUCAGCACUGUAAAGAAAUGAUUAAAACUCAACAACAACUUUUACAGCAGCAGCUCGCUACUGCCUGUGAUGAUGAUACCACUUCACUAUUACGAGACUGUUAUUUGUUAGAAGAAAAAGAACGCCUCAAAGAAGAAUGGUCACUUUUUAAAGAGCAGAAAAAGAAUUUUGAGAGAGAACGAAGAAGCUUUACAGAGGCUGCUAUUCGCCUAGGCUUGGAGAGAAAGGCAUUUGAAGAAGAACGGGCCAGUUGGUUAAAGCAGCAGUUUUUAAAUAUGACUACCUUUGACCACCAGAACUCAGAAAAUGUGAAACUUUUCAGUGCCUUCUCAGGAAGUUCUGACCGGGACAAUCUUAUAAUGCCCUCAAGGCCGCGGCAAAAGAAGCCUCAUGGUGUACCUAACGGGUCUCCAGUUUGCACAUCUAAGCUGACUCAGUCUCUUCCUGCCUCACCUUCUACUUCAGACUUCUGCCAGACACGUUCCUGUGUGUCUGAACAUAGUUCAAUCAAUGUGCUUAAUAUAACUCCUGAAGAAACUAAGCCAAAUCAGAUGGGACGAGAAUGUACAAAUCAAAAGUGGAAUAUGGUGUCAAGACCUGGAUCCCAGGAAGGUGGCUACAGUGGCUGCUUCUCCCCCUACACAAAUGCUCAUGUGGAGAAAGAUGACUUACCUUAGACUCGCCAGCCAGCCAGGAUGUCUUCAUGAACCUGUUCAUCCAACUUCACAUCUGAGUUGAAAACAGGGUACAGGGUAUAUCAUAAAGUUUGUCAUCUCUGAUGACUUCAGGUGGUCUGAGUGAUCUGUUUGGUCUCCCUUGUCUUCCCCCAAAGAGCUGAAACGUGAAAUCUGUUUAAACAGAUCUAAAAGCUUUGGACAUGUAUUUUUAGUAACAGAAGCAUCUGGUUCUGUGAAUAAAGGAAUGUAAGGUGUUGGGGUAGAAACAAAGCACUAGAAUGAGUUUCCUCUUACAGGUAAUAAAAACAGCACUUUUAGGAAAUCAAUUAUUGUAAAUGCUUAAUUUUUGUCUCAAAUAUAGUUGGAAUUGGAAGUUUAGUCUUUACUUGAAUGUAUACUGUAGAUUUUUAACAAAGCAAGUUCUAUAUUUAUUAUGUUUAGUGUGAUUUGAAAUUACCUCUUUCAUAUGUUUUAAAUAAAGUGAAAUUUAUGUAUGUUUUGUAUAUAGAUACACAUGAUUAUGUUAAAAGCCUUUAAGAUAUAGAAAUUUCGCACAACCGUAAGUAUAGCAUUUCAUGCCAAUAAAGAUUUUUUUGGUUAAAUUCUGUUUAUAGAUAUGUUAGGUCCAUUGCCACAUUGCAUUUAAAUUUUUUUUUAAUUCAUCUUGACAGUAUAUAGUCAAAGUUGUACCAUGAAGCAGUGUUCUUUAGAUAAUCAACAUUAUUAAUAUUACAUUUUUGAGAUUUUUACAUUAGAUUUUUAUUUUAUAUAUGUAGAAUAUUAAAAGGACUAUUGAUUUUAGAGUACGGGGCAAGACAAGUAAAAAUGACUUUGAAUGGAACAAUCUAAGAAUAUUGGUUUAAGGUAUUUGGAUGAUGGAAGAUAGUUAAGAUAUCUGGAUGGUGUUGUUUCCCUUAAUAGAUGAAUCCCAAUUCAGUCAUUUCUGUACCGGCUAGGGCUUUGUGUCAUUGCCAAUAAUUUUAAAAUAAUUUGUUCUCAGUGAGACCCCACUGAUGCUCAAGAACAAUGACAAUGUAUUUUACAAUCCAUGUUCUCUGGACAAUCUUUUGUCAUUGCAUUUUCAGAACAGUCUUAGACUCUUUGCUGUCUCUCUAAUGUCCCUGAUUGCAUGUUUCUUCAAGAAAAGCAUCUUAUUACUGAUAGUAAUAUUACUGUAGGUCCCAGAUUUU